AUGACAGAGUCAAAGAGAGUAUCUGAUAUUGAAGACCAGAAAAGCAUGGUGAAGCCCGCCCCGAAACUAGAUGCCAAGAAGACAAAGCCUACGCGUAGCCCGAAUCCUAUGUGGAAGUAUAUGGGAUUUGGGGAAAAUUUCCAGCCCCGGCUACCCUCGCGAAACUGGAUGAUUUUUCUCUCACUCUCCGGGUCCUUUAUAGCUGCAGUAGUCUACGACAAGAGAGAAAAAAAACGGCAUCAGAGGAAAUGGUGCAAACUGGUCGAGCAUGUAGCUACGGAGCCCUUGCACCCUAGAGCCAUGCCGCGCAAACUGUCGAUUUUCCUAGAGGCCCCGCCAAGUGACGGCCUCCGAGUCGCACAAGAUCAUUUCAAAGAGUACGUCAAGCCAAUCCUCGUCUCAUCUGGCUUAGAUUGGGAAUUUGUACAGGGCCGAAAAGAGGGUGAUAUCCGUGCUGAGGUCGCAAGUCGGAUCAGAAAUGCUCGUACACAUUCAGGCCGGAUGACAGGUGACGAUGACAUAAGUCGACUACGCGCAAAGAAUGGCAUUGCGGACUUUGAAGGUCCUGCAGGAGAUAUAGUUAUUGGACGGCAUACUUGGAAAGAGUAUGUCCGUGGUGUGCACGAAGGUUGGCUAGGACCUCUUACCAAGCCAGAUACAUCACCUAUGGAAGAAUCAUUGCAACAGCAAACAGAAAUUGACUCUAUUAAUUCCACACUUGAUCCGUCUUCCGACUCAGAAACUACAAUACAUAAAACCUCGGACCAGGCAGCUCCAGCAUCUGCCUCGCUCGUCAAAACAGACGAGGUUCAAACCACUCUACUACCACCUGCUGCCUUCAUCCAACCCUGUUCUUAUUCAAGCUCCUGUACCCCCUCCGAACUUCCCAUCGAGCUAGAUCCUUCAGUACCAAUCCCACUUGUUCACAUACUCGGCUUCCUCAAUACCCCCAGACGCCUCUAUAGAUUUCUUAAUCGACGUGCACUAGCCGAUGAAAUUGGUCGAGAGACUGCCGCUGUCGUUUUAUCCAAUUACCGACCUUAUCACGUGAGCUCAGUAACUGACUUGUCUACACCUAGCCCAUCAGAUCAGAUCUCGACUCAAGUUGAUUCGGGUAUAAUGGAACAUUCCACACAAAUCGCCGAACAACAGUUAGCUCUUGAGGGUGAAGAAAAGGAGUGGCAUAAAUCGGUUUGGGUGCGUGCAGAUGGCGAACCUGAGCGCACGUGGUUAGAACCAGUUAGACUUGACCCAAGGAUUUCAAGUCGAAUGCGCAGAUUUGAGCUGAGUCAAGAUGAUGAAUUAAGAGCUAAAAAAAUCCAUGUUCCCGAAGUAGAAAUUGAAGGUUGGAUUAAAGGUCGUGUAAGGAAAAUUUGGGAGACUGGAAAAGCAUUUUUUGUUUCUAGAGAGGCCUAA